AUGCCGACGAUAGGACAGCGCAUGUUCAAGUUGAAGCAACUUCUCGGGAUCCGACUUGGACCCGGCGCCGCCGUGAUGCCCAAGGAGGUCAAGAAGAUAACCAUGCGCUUCGCGCCCAAAAUCGACGACGGCCACGCGGGACCCAAGUACGUUCCCAACCACCUCUCACCACGCCGCCGUGCGGGACAGGACGAGAGCGACGACAGGAGAUUCUUCAGAAAGGCUCUCCCGCGCCUACAGUACCGCAACCCUGCGCUUCGCGUCGUCGUCGACCGCAGAGCCGCGCAGUCCGACCCGCCCAUCAUGAACGUCUUCUUCGACACUUCCUCCUCCUCCUCCACCACCACCGGCGCCGACCCUGCCGCUGCUCCUACCGUUGCGGCUGGCAACAUAUCCACCCAAUCGGGUCCGAACGAGCGCAUCGUCACCAUCCACAUGAAGGACAAGACCGACAGCGAGAUCCUGCAGCAGCUGUACGAGGUCACGGGCGCGCAGGAGAUCGAGCCGACGGAGGUGGAGAAGGACGAGUUGCGCGAGUUGGCGGAGCGCGCCGAGCGCUCCCGCAGGGACAGCGAGCUUCAGGCUGAGGUCAACAGGCAGCGGAAGAGGGAGGCCCAGCUGCUGGCCGCGGCAAGAGGACAGGUGGGGCUGCAGCCUUCGUAG